CACAUCAAUGGAGCCGAGUGAAUGGAAGCCGGAGAAAUAAAUCAAUAGAGGCAGGAAAAAAGCCAAGGGCUGGAGGAACCUCUCACAACACCCAUGACCAACUAUUCUACUUGACUUGGCAGUCCUCUGGGGUUACUCAUGCCUCCAUCUCCCUUAGACGAUAGGGUUAUUGUGGCAUUAACCAGACCCGUGAGACCGCAAGAACUUAACCUCUGCAUAGACUCUUCCUUCCUUGAUUGCGCCACAGUGAGUGGCAGCUGCAAGUCCCUACUCAGCGCAAGUGUUGUCUCCUUAAACGCGGCCAAUCUGACGUAUAUGCCCUCUUCCAACGGCUCUGCACGCUCUUUGGGUUGCGGAUGUAGCAGUGCCAGUUGUUGCAGUGUGGGAUCGUAUGACAAGGACACUCAGAGCCAGGCUGUCAGCAGCACCACUCUUACCAGCAGCGUUGCCGGACCCAUCACCGCUUCCUCGACCAACCAAAUGGUCAACAACAAUGAGAACAGUGCCAGUCUAAGCCCAUCUGGUGGAGUUAGCAGCCCUGUGCCUAGCACUACCAAACAGUUUGCCAACAUUAAGAUCAUCUAUCCUAAUGAUUUGGCCAAGAAGAUAGUAAAAUGCAGCAAAACCCACCUGCCCAACCAGGGCCCUGUCAUCAUUGACUGCCGACCUUUCAUGGAGUACAAUAAAAGCCAUAUUCAGGGAGCCGUUCACAUUAAUUGCUCCGACAAGAUCAGCAGGAGGAGGCUACAACAGGGCAAAAUCACGGUGUUGGAUUUAAUAUCAUGCAGGGAAGGCAAGGACUCGUUCAAGAGGAUAUUUUCCAAAGAGAUCAUCGUUUACGAUGACAAUACCAAUGAACCAAGUCGGGUUAUACCCUCCCAGCCUCUCCAUACUGUUUUGGAGUCACUGAAAAGGGAAGGAAAAGAACCUCUGGUGCUAAAAGGUGGACUCAGCAGUUUUAAACAGAACCACGAAAACCUGUGUGAUAAUUCCCUCCAACUUCAAGACUGCCCCGAUGGAGGCGGGGCCUCAGCGGUGACCAUCACACUACCUCAGUCCGUCCCUAGCACUCCGGAUAUAGAAAAUGCAGAACUGACCCCCAUCCUCCCCUUUCUCUUCCUGGGCAAUGAGCAUGAUGCCCAGGACCUGGAAAAGAUGCAAAGAAUGAACAUAGGGUAUAUCGUCAACGUAACCACUCACCUUCCUCUAUACCACUAUGAGAAGGGUACCUUUAACUACAAGCGUCUCCCAGCAACAGACAGCAACAAACAGAAUCUCAGGCAGUACUUUGAAGAGGCGUUUGAGUUCAUAGAGGAAGCUCACCAGUGUGGCAAAGGCCUGCUCAUCCACUGUCAGGCAGGAGUCUCACGCUCGGCUACCAUCGUGAUAGCCUACCUGAUGAAGCACACACGGAUGACCAUGACUGAUGCCUACAAAUUUGUCAAAGGAAAGCGACCAAUCAUAUCCCCCAACCUAAACUUCAUGGGCCAGUUAUUGGAGUUUGAAGAAGACUUAAAUAAUGGUAUCACACCACGGAUUCUUACGCCAAAGUUAAUCGGUGUAGAGACUGUGGUGUAACAAAAACAUUUUU